UGUGCCGUGGGAGAGGAAGAAGAGGAGGGACAGUGGGAGGAGCGAGUAAACCUUACAGGUCUAACUGGCUGUGCAUGGCUUCAUUCAAGAAUUCACCUUGACACAGGAUAGCACGCCAGGCGUCAGAGCUUUCAUGUGAGUAGAGGACGUGCAGCGUGUGGAACACCAGCAUCCAGGAAAACCUGUUUACGUUCAUAAAAUGUAAUGGAAAGCCCAACAGGAAUGCUCUACGGAGAAGAUGAGAAUGACACUGACCUACCCAAGCCUUUGAGAGAUGAUCUAGAGGCAAUGCACAUUUAUGAGACCAUCGAAGACCCGCCUCAAAAUGAUUUGUAUGAGAUCCCAGAACUCCCGACUUUACCCCAGCCUGAGGCCAGAUCUUCGGGUCUUGGGGUUGAAGGUCCUGGAAAUGCCAACCAGCAGAGCACAAACAGUCCUCUCCCAGUACUCCCAAGAUCUCCCAAUCCACUCAGAUUUAGGCUUCCUAGUGAUUGUUUGCCAGGAAGACAGGGCCUUCGACCCCCUCCUCUUCCUCCCAGGACAGGACUCGAGCUUAAAAAGCAACUUUCCUGUGGAUUCAGCAGGCCUGUUCCAAGGCUGAAUCGUUCCAGUACUGAAGUGUGUAAUCAAGAUCCAUGGGCCAUCACACUAGUAGAUGCUCUGGAGGGCAGCACCAAGAUAGUGGCUUCUUUUUCUGCUGCAACUUCCAGGUUGAUGGCAAAAUACAAGCAUACAGACAUUGUGCACAACCCUGGUGUGGUAUGGGGUCGAAUAUUAGACGUCCACCAUGCCCUGCUGCAGCAGGUGGAGGUGACUAUCAGCGUGUUGUAUGAGAAGACCCAGAUCCCCAUCCCCACCCAAGUGAACAGGACAGUGAAGAGUCUGAUUGAGACCAUCAUCCAGCUGCUCGACCUCCCUCCCAACCAAUCUGAGCAUUAUGUUUUAAAACUGUGUAACUCUGAGGAGUAUUUCAAGAAUGAAGAACUGCUGGGUAUGCACGAGACAAUUCAGAUCUACUACAAGCUUAACCUGGAAGUCCCCGUGCGACUGGUGCAUGUCAACAACAUCAAACGUGGACUGGCCAGAGAUGCUGUGGACGGCAGUACUGCAUGCCAGGUGUUCCACUUCCAGACUCCUGCCUGUGUCUUCAACACCAGCAAGUUGAGUCUUCAGAGUGUGCUCAACAGUUACAGUAGAGAGGCAAAAGAGCUCCUCAGCAGUAAGUCUGGGGUGAAUAUCAAAGUUAUCGUGAGCCAUGUUCGGAACAUCAGCAACUUUCUGUGUGGCGUCACAUGUCAAGAGCUGGAGGAUGCCAUCGGCAACCUCAACAGAAUCAAUCAAAGACCUCUGAGUUAUGAGGAGAUUACAGAGUGUGAAAAUGCCAUGCUCAUGCUCCAUCUGGCGCUGCAGAAAGUGCUGCAGAUAUUUUUUGACAACUUCCAGUCAGACUUCAGAGCGCAGAAGGCAACGUGCAACUCACAAAUCAAUGAUGCAGAUCACAACUGUCACAUCCUCCAAUUCAAAGUCGCUUCUCUCUACAAACUAUACCCCAUCUGGGUAAACACCUAUGAGUCGUUCUCUAUUUCCUGUGAGCUGACAUACGUAGGACGGAAGCUCUUUGAGGCAGAUUGUGAAAAUAUCAGCACUGCUUUGUCACAAGGAAACAUGAUCCAGUGCAACCGCAUGAUAGCGUUCGCUAUUUCAAUAAAUCAGCUUCCAUAUGAGACUAUGCUCACCUUUCGCCUCAAGGGCUCCAAGAAAGGCAAAAGCCCUGAGCUUUUAUCAUGGGCUGUACUACCUCUUUACAGUGAUAAGACUCUUGUAACAGGCACCAUCUUGCUCAGUAUGUCCACUUUGGCUGAGCUGUCCUUCCCUCCAUCCCCUGCCCUGUGUGACAGCCACAGACAAGCCACCAGUGUGAUAAUUCAGCUUCAGUUUCAAGAUCAGACUGAGUGGGAGUAUAAGAGGCCCAUUGCACUCCCUGGGUCAAUGUUGUUUACACAGCCUUGUGAGGAACUGCAGAAGAAAAUGCAGUAUGUUUCUAAGAAGCACUGUCUCUGCUUUCUCACACAGAACGAGAAAGCUUCCCUGUGGUCUAAACGUCACAGCAGCGACAAACAAAGUACCUUCCUCCACCUGCUGUUGGGCGGAGCCCCACAGUGGCUGCCUCAAGACUUGACAGAAAUCUACACGGUACUGGAUAACUGGGCAAUCUAUCUACCUGAGGAAGCCCUUUUCCUGCUCAGUGACAGUUUUCAUGAUCAGACUGUACGGCAGACAGCAAUUCACUAUUUUGAACAGAUACCUGAUGGGGAGCUGGAGAUGUAUCUGCCGCAGCUGGUCCAGGCACUGAAGCAUGAGUGGAAAUUGGAUGGACCCCUGGCGAUGCUGCUCUUGGAGAGAUCCAUUAAGAACAUACGCAUUGCUCAGCAGCUCUUUUGGCUGCUGGAGGAUGCCCGCAACGACCAACACUACCAGAGCUGGUUCAGUAAAGUUCAUUCUGCCCUGCUGUACUGCUGCGGCCGAGUGCUGAGGGAGGAGCUGCAGCGUGAAACCCGUCUGAUGAACGUGAUCGCACAGGUGGCUGGGGCCAUUCGUGCUGCUGACAAGACUCGACGUGAGACUGUUUUGAAAACCAUUACGUGGAGAAUUGAAGAGUUCUUCAAAGAUGGGAUCAGCUGUUGUCUACCGCUAGAUCCAGCAGUCUGUGUGAAUGGUGUGAAUGUAGAUGACUGUAAGGUCUACAGCUCUUUUGCUGCUCCUCUGGGGAUCUCAUUCAUCUGCACUGAGCCUCUGGCCACGAACUACAGUGUUAUCUGCAAGACAGGAGAUGACCUACGUCAGGACAUGCUGGUACUUCAGAUUGUCCGUAUGAUGGACAGAGUGUGGCUCCAAGAGGGACUCGACCUGCAAAUGAUCACCUACAGGUGUCUUUCUACAGGCCACGAACAGGGUCUGGUGGAAGUGGUACCGGAAGCAGUGACCCUGGGGAAGAUUCAUAAGCAGUGGGGUCUGAGUGGAAGCUUUCGAGAAGACACUCUGGAGAAAUGGUUCCACAUGUUUAACAGGACUAAGGAAGACUAUGAAAAGGCUGUGAUGAACUUCAUCCACUCGUGUGCAGGGUGGUGUGUGGCUACCUUCAUUCUGGGCAUCUGUGACCGCCACAACGACAACAUCAUGCUAAAAACGAGUGGACACAUGUUCCACAUUGACUUUGGCAAGAUAAUGGGCAAUGCACAGAUGUUUGCCAGCCUGAAGAGGGACCGAUCUCCCUUCAUCUUUACAUCUGAGAUGAAGCACUUCAUCACUGGUGGAGGGAUGAAGCCUCAACGCUUGCAUCGCUUUGUGGAGCUCUGCUGUGAAGCUUACAACAUAAUCAGACAGCGUUCUGCACUCAUGCUCAGCUUGUUGGAGCUGAUGCUACACGCUGGAAUGCCAGAACUGAAGGACAGCAAUGACCUGCAGUACGUCCAGAGCAACCUCAGGCCUCAUGAUACCGAUCUGGAGGCCACGUCGUUCUUCACAAAGAAGAUCAAGGAGAGUAUGGACUGCGUUGCAGUCAAGAUUAACUUCCUGGCACACAACAUGGUUCAACCAAAGAAAAAGGACACACAACGCCGGGACAGUGUUCCCGCUCCCUCCACCAACAUCCAGGAUGUGGUCAUUUUGGGAUACUCUGCCAAGGGAAGAGAUGUGUUCUAUGACCUAAGAAUAAGCAUUGAUGAUGGGUUUCUGACCAGCGAGAAAACAUUUGGACAGUUUGAACGAAUCCACAAGGAGCUGCAGAAAUGCUUUAUUGAUUCCUCGCUACCACAGUUUCCCAGUUGGUACCAUAUGUCAUUCACCCCGGGCAGGAGGAUGUCUCUGCUGAAUAAAUAUCUAAAAGAGCUCUUCAGUGGACCGUGCAGGGGAAAUGAGUUUGUCUGUAGCUUGUUUCUGGAUGGUCCGAAUGCAGGACAAAACCAAGGACCAAAAAAUGCAGAAGACCGGCCUCAGAUCCAGCUUUACAUUACUUACGCCAACUACAAGCUCUCUGUCUUGAUAAAACACCUUAAGAACAUUAAGCAUCCAAAUGGCUCUAACCCCGAUACCUAUGUGGUCACACACCUGAGGCCAGACCCUCGGCAGUGCUCCAAGAGGAAGACAAAGGUUGUCCGCAAUAAUGUCAACCCCAUCUUCAACGAACUGCUGGAGUACACUUCGGUCACAAUGCUGUAUGGGAUGGUGCUGGAGGUGACAGUGAAGAGCAAGAAGGCUUUUGUGGCUGCAGUUAACAUUAAACUGGAUGAAAAGUUGCUUAACCAGGAGAUCUGGUUCCCUCUCGGAAACUCCGCCAUCUGACCUCAGAGAGCUGCACUGCAGGCUUGCUGCCAGCAGGGGGUGCAACCACACCGAGUGAGCGAAUCGAUUGGAGAAUUUUGGAGAGAGACGCCUGUGAAGGGGAAGAAUGCACUGUAUACCAAACAGUGCGUGCCAGUUAUGUCUAUUUAUCAGAUGAAACUUAAUCUCAUUCCAGAGCUAAAAAUACUGCCAGCGGAUGAGAGCGUUUGGAUAAAGUUACAAAAACAGACUGAAAGACACAGCAGACUGUUUGCUGUGUGAGACAUCAUUUAGCGUUUCAUUAUGUCUAAAUGUUUACCAAAUGAAAGCCUUUUGUUUAUUAGUUUUUCUGACACUACCUUGGUGAUGGAUGAAGGAAAGAAGCUUAUUUUUUUUAAUCACUGUUGCACUUUCAUUUCUACUUGACUUUGUUUUUAGUGAGAAUCAAAGCAGACUGAGUAAACUUGCAUGUUGCUGAGACUGUUGAUGUGACAGAUUAAAGAGGAGGUGAUGCGGC